AUGGACCGCAUCAGAAAAUGGUUUUCGCAGAGAGAAACACAGGCCUACACGGCCUUGCCCUCGGACCCUGACGCCUCCACGCUCACCCCCGCCGACACCGACGACAGCCUCCCCGGCCCCGUCUCAAAGUUCCAGUACUUUGUCUUCUGCCUCCUCGGAUGCGCCAUGCUGUGGAGCUGGAACAUGUUCAUGGCCUGCGCAACGUACUUCCAACGGCGCUUCGACGGCAGCGACUUCCUUCUGACCAACUUCCAGUCGCUGAUCCUCGUCUUCUCGACGAUGACCAACCUGAUAGGGUCCUACUGGCUGUCCAAGCGCCAGGCGACGGCCGACUACCCGCGCCGCAUCUGGCUAUCGCUUGUGUUCAACUGCGGGCUCACGGCGGUUCUGGCCGCGAGCACGGUGAUGUGGGUGGUGGGUCCCGCAAGCUAUAUCGUUGUCGUGCUGCUUUGCGUGGUGGUGGCGGCGUGGAGCACGGCCUUGUCGCAGAACGGCGUGUUUGCGUUUGUGAAUACGUUUGGGGGCGUGUAUAUGCAGGCUGUUAUGACCGGACAAGCCAUCGCCGGGGUCCUCCCCGCAAUCGCGCAAAUCGUCACCGUCGUCUUAGUCCCCACCAACGACUCCCAAGCCGCCUCCCCCAAGUCCGCAUUCCUCUACUUCCUCACCGCCACCUUCAUCUCCGCCCUCUCCCUCCUCCUCUUUUUCGCCCUCCUCGCCCGCCACUCCGACACCCCCGCCAAGCUCCCCACCGACACCCCCGCCACAGCACCCCUCGAAGCCCCGACACCCCCGCACAGAAAAGAAGUCGGCCUCUGGACCCUCUUCAAGAAACUCAGAUAUCUCGCGACCGCUCUGUGGCUAACCUUCUUUGUCACUAUGGCUUUCCCGGUCUACACACAAGUCAUCGUCUCCGUCCGCCCCCUCACCCCAGAUACCCCGCGCCUGUUUACGCCAGACGUGUUCAUCCCGCUCUCCUUCCUGAUCUGGAACCUAGGCGACCUGUCCGGCCGCAUCCUGUGCGGCGUAUACCAGUGGCGCGGGCGCGCCGAAGGGCUGGCCCUGUUGGCGCUGGCGAGAAUCGUGUUUGUGCCCGCGCUGGCGGCGUGUAAUGUGAGGGGCGAGGGCGCAUUGGUGGACAGUGAUUUGUGGUACUGGUUGGUCCAGUUUGCGUUUGGCGUGUCGAGUGGGUGGAUAGGGAGCUGUGCGAUGAUCAGGGCGCCGGAGGUGGUGGAGAAGGAGGAGAGAGAGGCGGUGGGUGGCUUUAUGGGGCUGUGUUUGGUGGUGGGGUUGGCGGCGGGGAGUGCGGCGAGUUUUUGGCUGGGGGCGUAG